AUGCAAAUUGAGCACGAAAAUGACGAUGAUGAUGGUGUACGCAUGAUAAGCCUCUGCAGACAGCAUUCGCUAGAAAUGUAUCGUUCAGUUUCGGCAAACCUCAACACAUCGUUUGUGUCACACACUCUUACACUUCCGGAAAUGGAAAAAAUAUUUUGGCUUUAUGCAUCUGUGGAGGAUAUCGCCAGUAUGCUCUCUGUCAGCGAAGAGGUUGUUUCGGAUGUGUAUGAGUACUGGAAAUUGCGACGCAUUGAUAAUCGGUAUAAGCCGCUGCUGAGUGACAGAUCUGAAGUUGAGCGACAGGUUGUUUGUCGUUUGCAAUCAUCCGCAGCUUCUCAUCCCGAAAGAUUGCGACAGGCGGUGCGCCAGAGUUUUGAACGGGUUAUUUUUUAA